ACACUGAUGUAUCAUGACCAUUUGUUUUUGUGGGUCCUAUGUAGGAUCCAGAUCGAUCUAACGGUUGUCAUGCACUACGCCGACAUGAGCCCUUUGCACCCAAUAAUUACUAUCAUAAAACCAGAUGUGCCGACAAUGCCAAGACAAUUCUGCUAUUAUCUCUGCGAGCCUUCUUUCGUCUGCUUUAAAGUUUGCGCCUUUCCUUAUCUUCUGCUGUUCUUUUGGAUACUCUGUUCUUCCUCGAGCUUAUCAUGUAUGGACAUGACAGUAACGCCACAACACACCGCACUAGAAAAAGCUCGAGAACCGUGUCCCCGGAAUGAAGUAUCCUUAAGAAAGAAACAAGCUUCCUGUAUGACUUUUAAGACACAGAUUCGUGUAGUUGAGAGAGAUUCCACAAAAAACUUGAGCAGAGCAGCAAAAGGAAAAUGCUGGGCUUGAGACGGAUGAUGGGGUUCAGCGUGAGAGGCGCUUUGGAUGUGAUCGUCGCCGGGGUUUCUCUGGUGAUCGGGUUAGGGUUCUGGGUUCUCGUCACCUCCAUUCUCUGCUCUGUUGCUUUCAUUCGAUGCGCCAAGCUUCCUUCUUGAUCAAUGAGCUGUCAUAAGUCGCGGGAUUAGCGUCCCGGGUAUGUCAUCGGCUCGUGCCGGCAGCCUACUUCGAUCCAAGCCCAGAGGGAUUACUUCGGAGCUCGUACUUGUGAGAUGAUCGAUAUGCCGGGUGGUCUGAGAUUGCCGGGAGGUCCAAAAUUUAGGAUCAUGCUAUGAUUUGUGCAUUUUCUGCAGAAGGAUAAUCAGAUUUUGGAUUGAUGUUUAUAUUAAAGAGGAGAGAGCAGUGUGCAUGUAUGAUCUUUCCAUUAAGCGCUGAAGCUAGCUAGAUGCAUUUAAGUUUUACAGGUUUGGAACUUGAAAAAA